AUGGGGCAAGAAGAUGCAAAUACUUCUCUAUCAUACAAAAUAGAAACAUCAGAUGAGCUCGGCCGCUAUUUGGUGGCAGCUCGGGACCUGUCCCCUGGAGACGUAGUACUCACCGAGAGGCCAAUGGUCUUCGCACCGAAAGCAAUGCUUGACCCUGAAGCACAGAUGCCGUGCGUCGGCUGCUACAAGCCCGUCUUCACAGAUAUUGGCGAAAGAUGUGCUAAGUGUGGUUGGCCCGUUUGUAGUGGAAACUGCUCAGGGUUAGGAGAUCCAAGACAUCACGGUAUCGAGUGCAAUAUUCUUAGUGUGCGUCCUGAAUGUGUGCUCGACAAUAUGGCUGAUUAUUACAGACACGAUGCCUUGUUACCGUUGCGAUGCAUUCUUCUACAAAAAACCGAUCCUGAGAAAUGGAAAAAUCUACUAAAAAUGCAAUCGCAUAUGGAGUGUCGCACACCUGGAACCGAAGCCUACGAUGAAGCCAACGAAUUCGUAGUUGAAUAUCUCAUUAACAAUUUCAUUAAUAAGCUCGAUAAAGAUACUAAGAGCAAAUAUCUACCAGAAAUUUCAAAGGAGCUAAUACAUAGAGUUUGUGGUAUAAUCGACACAAAUUCAUUGGAAAUACGUUUGCCUGAAGGAGCUGAACUACAAGCACUUUAUUACAACACUUGUAUUUUAGAACACAGUUGUAUACCAAACACAAAACAUACAUUUACUCAUUCAAACGCAAACAAGAAUGAUUUGUAUAAAAUAACAGUUAAAGUUGUAGUUCCUGUGAUGAAAGAUCAUCAUAUUACAACUAUGUACAGUCAUGCUUUGUGGGGCACUCAAGCUCGAAGACAACAUUUGAAAGAUACGAAAUAUUUCUCAUGUAAAUGUCCUAGGUGUAGUGAUCCCACUGAACUCGGCACUUACCUCAGUGCUAUGAAAUGUUUUGGAGAUGGCACCAAACCUUGUAAUGGAAUACAUCUUCCUGAAGAUCCUCUAGACGAUGAAACAGAUUGGGCUUGCAGUGAAUGUCCAGUUAAAGUGAAUAAUUCACAGAUUAAUAUGCUUAUUUCACAAAUGGGAGAAGAGGUUGACGGAGUGUUAGCGAUGGGUGGAUCCGUGACAAUGUUAGAAAAUCUUCUUUGCAGGCUGUCGACAUUUUUACAUCCUAAUCAUUAUCAUCUGUAUUCUCUAAAACAUUCUUUGAUUCAACUGUAUGGUAGACAACCAAAUUAUAUGUCUGAAGAAAUAUUGGAGAAGAAAACUAAAAUGUGUAAAGAUCUUAUUGGAAUCACUAAUACUUUAGAUCCAGGAAAUGCUAGAUUAAGCCUUUAUAGUUCCGUAUUGCAUCAUGAACUUUAUUCCGCGUUGAUUUUGAAAGCAAAAAAGGUUAAUAGCGAUGGUUCUUUUAAAACUAUUGAUGAAAUUAAACCCUUGGUUAUCGAAGCGAAAAGCUCUAUCGAAUUUGCGUUAAAAGCAUUAAAGGAUGAUAUGGAAGAGACAUCUGGAAGGAAAUUGUAUAGUGUGAUAGAAGAAAGUAAGAAAGAAUUCCAAAAGUUUUGUAAUGAAAAGAACAUAUCCGUGUAA